AUGACCGUCUGGGAAGCCAUUGAGAAGCUCAACACCUUCAUCGAUGAAUGUGACCCCGAUACCCAGGAGUCACAGAUGACGCACCUUCUUCAGUCUGCUGAAGCAAUUCGCCAGGAGGGAAAGCCGCGCUGGAUGCAACUUGUCGGAUUGAUUCAUGAUCUGGGAAAGUUGCUUUUCUUCUUCGGCGCACAGGGUCAGUGGGAUGUCGUGGGCGAUACGUUUCCUGUUGGAUGUGCUUUUGAUGAUCGCAUCAUUUUUGGUACGGAAUCUUUCAAAAACAAUGAGGACAUCAAGAACCCGAUCUACAAUACCAAGUUUGGGAUCUAUUCUCCUGGCUGUGGACUGGAGAAUGUCAUGCUUUGCUGGGGUCAUGAUGAAUACUUGUAUCACAUUGUCAAAGAUCAGUCGACUAUUCCUGAUGAAGGUCUUGCGAUGAUCAGAUAUCACUCGUUCUAUCCCUGGCACCGGGAGAAUGCUUACCACGAGUUGAUGAAUGAGCAUGAUAAGAAAAUGCUUGCGGCGGUGCGGGCUUUUAACCCUUAUGAUUUGUACAGCAAGAGCGAUAGCGUGCCGGAUCCAGUGAAGCUGAAGGUGAGAAUACCCAGAGCUCUUCCAUGUGAGGUAUUGCCACUAACACUGGUUCUUAAAUGA